AUGGCGACUGGCGGUAGAUACAUCCCGUCUGCGUCUGUAUUUUCAGCUUGCGGAAACGGCAAUGUUGUAAUAAUCAACGUUAACCGGCCCUCCACGGGAGUACUGCUCCCUGACUCUGCCUAUCACUUACCGUUUCAUGGUGUUGGAACAAACGCCACAGUAGCAGCAUGA